UGUCAGAAGGACGAGUAGAAAUAAGCCAUGAUGGAUAUUGGGGAACUGUCUGCAAUGAUAACUUUACAGUACAAAAUGCAAUGGUUAUAUGUAAAAUGUUGGGAUACAAAGAUGUAAUUCCAGAGUUUUAUCCAGUAUCCAAAUUUGGACAGGGACUAGGUGAUAUCUGGAUGAGCAAUGUGUCAUGUAGUGGAAGUGAGAUAGACAUCAGUAAAUGUAGCUUUAACGACUGGGGACAUAAUGGAUGUCAACACGAUAAAGAUGUCGGGAUUUCAUGUGCAACUCAAAUAAGAUUGUCAAAUGGCAAAUCUCCAUCUGAGGGUAGAGUAGAGGUGUAUCACAACGGUACAUGGGGAUCUAUCUGUGAUGACAUGUUUGAUAUCAGUGAUGCACAGGUUGUGUGUAGAACACUUGGAUUAUCAACUUCUUAUCCUACAGUUUACAAAAAGAGUCCGUUUGGAUCAAGAAAUAUACCAAUACUAAUGGAUGACCUUGAGUGUAGAGGUGAUGAAACAGAUAUAGCUGCCUGUCAUUUUAGAGGCUGGGGAAUAUCUAACUGUGAUUACACAGAAGCGGUGGCUAUAACAUGUCGUGAGUAA